AUGCAUGGGAAUAAAAGUAUAUAUUAGAGGGAAUACGUUCAUAAAUCGCCAGAUCAGAAUGCACAUUAUAAUUAAAACCUUUUUGAAAGUCCCAAAUAAGAAGGUGACAUAGGAAAUGUUUCAACAUAUAAGCAUGACUUCUUGGGCAGCCAAUCCAACUUUAGAUUUAAGAGUACCUCUCCUUAAUCUACUCUGCGCAGUGGCCCUUUUUGUGGUCUUUCAACUUACAACAACGUGUUUUUGAAUUGGGGUGGUGGAGAUACUGUUCCAUUAUUGUCAUAAAAGAAUCCGACAGUAAUUAGAGAUCUUCCAUUUUUCGGAAGAACCAAUUACAGAGAGUGUUUCUAAGGAACAUAAGUCCAACCUGCUUAGAGUACGAAGGGUUUUCAUUGCAAUAAGUCACCUCUAUCUCCCCCGAAUAUGAAAUUUAAUGGAAUUUCAGUUACUAAAUCUUCCUAUCAGCCCUAUCGAACGGAUAAGUUUGCCAAUUCCAAAGAGUAGCCUUAAUUUUAAUUGAAUCCUUCCUACCAGGGAUAAUACAAUUCUGAAUAUUUUAAAGAAUUUGAUCCUAAAUACAGAUAGCCAUGUCCAGCAAAACAAGUUCUAGAGGAAGUGUCUCAAUAAUGUUGA